AUGACCGACGUCGCUUCCUCUCCGCCCCCCGUCUCCGCCGCCACAGUCAACCUUGUCCGCACUUCAGCCAAGAGAACACGAGAGGUCUUCGCUGCCGACUUUGCCUCGCCCUCCGCCCUGGAAAACUCCUCAACCAGCGCCUUCUCCAUCGCCCCUUCCACAACCUCCCCGGCCGAGCUCGCAGACCACGAGUCCGUCGCCACCCGCAUACGCAAUGAGUAUCAGGACUUGAAGGAGCUUCCGCCUGCAUUGGCUGCGAAGCAGGCAAGUGCUGCUGCCACAGCCGCCGCGCGUCGAAAAAAGGCGAAACAGGCGUCGGCCGAGGACCAGGUCUCCGACCCGAAGAUGGUGAAAAUGAUUGAGGGCAUCUCGGCCAAGGAUGAGGAACGAAAGAACGCCGCUGCCGCGUCGACGGCGCUGACGGUGCGUGGCAAGGGUAACCCGCUCCCGCCCAACGCCAACGGUCCUACGCCCCAGCGCGAUCUACCGGGCAACAGCCUGGUGCGGAGGGAAGUGCUACGCCAGCCGAAGCCCGACUGGCACGCUCCUUGGAAGCUGAUGCGCGUCAUAUCUGGUCACUUGGGCUGGGUGCGCGCUCUGGCCGUCGAGCCGGGCAACCAGUGGUUUGCAAGUGGUGCUGGAGACCGCACCAUCAAGAUCUGGGACUUGGCUUCAGGCAAUCUGAAGCUCACCUUGACUGGCCACAUUUCGACCGUCCGGGGCUUGGCUGUGUCGCCCAGACACCCGUAUCUCUUUUCGUGCGGUGAAGACAAGAAGGUGAAGUGCUGGGAUUUGGAGACGAACAAGGUCAUUCGCGACUAUCACGGCCAUCUCAGCGGUGUCUAUACCCUGAGCCUCCAUCCUACAUUGGAUGUCCUGGUCACUGGUGGUCGCGAUGGUGUGGCGCGUGUUUGGGACAUGCGUACGCGCAGCAACAUCCAUGUGCUGGCCGGCCACAAGGGAACAGUCUGUGACGUCAAGUGUCAGGAGGCGGAUCCCCAGGUCAUCUCCGCAUCACUGGACUCCACAGUCCGCAUGUGGGAUCUGGCAGCAGGCAAGACCAUGGGCGUGCUGACGCACCACAAGAAGGGUGUCCGCGCACUGACGACGCACCCGAAGGAGUUCACAUUCGCGAGUGGCAGCUCAGGAUCCAUCAAGCAGUGGAAGUGCCCCGAGGGUGCCUUCAUGCAGAACUUCGACGGUCACAACGCCAUCAUCAACACCCUGGCCGUAAACGAGGACAACGUCCUCUUCUCCGGCGGUGACAACGGUUCGGUUUCCUUCUGGGACUGGAAAACCGGCCACCGCUUCCAGAGCCUCGACUCUGUCGCCCAGCCUGGCUCACUUGACGCUGAGGCUGGCAUCAUGAGCAGCACCUUCGAUCUCACCGGUCUGCGUCUGCUCACCGGCGAGGCCGAUAAGACCAUCAAGGUCUGGAAGCCCGACGAGAACGCUACGCCGGAGACACAUCCACUAGAUUGGAAGCCUACGCUUGGAAGACAAAAAUUCUAA